UCACCGAAUUGUUAGUCACCUGGUCGUGUUCUUCUUCAGGUGAGAGCAGAGUGGGUGUUGGUUCUGACAGAAAACUGUUCAAAAUAAAGAGCAAAGGUCAUUAUUCGACGGGAGGACCUGUUUGGACCACUUCCCGUUCAGGUUUUUGAAGAAGUUUAGUUGGAAACGUCGAGUUGGAGCGAGGCUAACCGACAUGGAGCGGCUCGUUUCGGUGCUUUUGUUCCUCUGCGCAGCAACAGGUGUCCGUGGCUUUUCUGUCACUACCACCAACGCAAACGUGAAGGUGAAAGAAAAUUUAGGGGUGGACCUGACGUGCUCGUACUCUGCAGACUUUGGUUCAAAUCCCAGACUUGAGUGGAAAUUUAGGGACAAAAGUGGCUCACAGACAUAUGUGAUUUAUGAUGGAAAACCAACAGAGACCUAUUCCAGCCGCGUGACUUUGAUUAGCAACACUAAUUUGAGGUUCUCCAAAGUGACCCGUGACGAUAAUGGAGACUACACCUGUGAGGUGUCCAGCUCCCAGAGCCAGUUUAAGGAGGUCACUGUGAAGCUGACUGUACUGGUGCCACCAUCCAUACCCUAUUGUAACAUCCCUCCGACGGUAACGACGAAUAAGAUGGCCAUCCUGUCUUGCAGCGACCCUGCUGGUUCCCCCCCUCCAACAUACAGAUGGUACAAAGGCGGCACCCUCCUUCCUGUCGACCCCAGCAAGAUUGCCGGCUUCCAAAAUGCCACCUACAAGCUGAACCCAGACACUGGAAAACUGGAGUUUCCUGUCGUCACCAAGAUGGAUUCGGGUCAGUACUACUGUGAGUCCGUGAACGAAGCUGGACCCCCUCAGCGCUGCAGCGCUGUGAUGAUGGAAGUCCGCGACAUGAACACUGGAGGAAUUGUUGCUGGGGUGAUCAUAUUCCUCAUGCUUUUGGGCCUCAUCAUAGUUGCUGUUUGGUUUGCCAAAAAGAAAGGCUAUCUGCCAAGUACCGUGAAGAGAGAAAGCAAACAGAAGUCCAGCACGGUCUACCAGCCCACAACCACGUACGCUGGUGAAGAUGACGAUGGGGAUUUCAAACAGAAGUCGUCUUUUGUGGUGUAGACAACGACGAGCAGCUCCAGCGUCCCUCCGUUUGUGACGUUUUGUAUCCGACACGUGAGAUUUUCUGUGCAGUUUUUACAAAGUGUGAAAAGCUUCAGCUGUUUUCAGUGCAAUGCCACGUUCAAAUGGCUGAAAUAUAUGAACUAUUUAAAAAAAGAACCAAAAAAAAAAAGCAAGCUUGUUUUUUGUACAUUUAUAAUUUAGCGUUGAACCAGUUUUUAGUCAGGCUUCCAUCAUGCUUCUCCUUGUUUAGACUUUUUUUUUUAAUUUUAUUUAAAUAUUCAGACGAUUUAUCAUCAAAGACAUAAACUUGCUGAUAAAAGAACAAACUCAUUUAACCUAGACAAUAAAUCUUCUCAGCAGUUUUUACAUUUGCCGUCGGAUCAUUUUUAAUAUCUGGUUUAACUGAAUAACACUUAAGCUCAGUUUUCUGCCGACGUUAUUGGAUUCUUUCCUGUAAAUAAAGCAGCUUUUA